UGAUAAUUUUCAGAAACGCCAGUGAAAACAUUGAGCUGAUUUAUAAAUAUACAUCUAUUACUUGUUGUACAUAAUAAUAAAAUUUUUCAAAUAUCAUAAUUAUAAAAUUUGAUAGAAAAGAAUUUGAUUGUGGUGUCAUACAAUGUCCCUUAAUUCGGGCUGCACUGAAAAUGAUCGUAAUAAAAUACCAAGGAUCAUGACAUUCCGUCCCAGCUAUGAGGAAUUCAAGAAUUUCUCAAGUUAUGUCGAAUACAUGGAAAGUCGUGGUGCAAACUUAGCCGGACUAGCAAAAAUUAUACCACCACCAGAAUGGGUGCCACGGAAAUCCGGUUAUAAUAUAGACAAUAUAAAUAUGACAAUACCCGCACCAAUUUGUCAAGUGGUAUCAGGUAAACAAGGUGAAUAUCAGCAAAUCAAUGUGCAGAAACGUUCUAUGACUUUGCGACAAUUUAAAGAAAUGGCUGAGUCAGAACGUUAUCAAACGCCACGRCAUUUUGACUACGACGAUUUGGAACGAAAGUAUUGGAAAAAUGUGACAUAUAUAGCACCAUUUUAUGCGGCUGAUGUCAAAGGUUCUUUAAGUGAUCCGGAUUUGCGAAUUUGGAAUAUAAAUUGUUUAGACACAAUACUGAAUUACGUGAACAAAGAUUACGGUAUUGAAAUUGACGGCGUAAAUACGGCUUAUCUGUAUUUUGGUAUGUGGAAGAGUUCUUUUGCYUGGCAUACAGAGGAUAUGGAUUUAUAUUCAAUAAACUACCUYCACUUUGGUGCACCAAAGACUUGGUAUGCAAUACCACCCGCAUAUGGCCGGAGAUUAGAAAAGUUGGCGAAUAGACUUUUCUAUGAAAACUAUCAAAACUGUAACGCAUUUCUGCGUCACAAAAUGACACUGAUAAGUCCACAAGUAUUGCGACAGAAUAAAAUACCGUUCAAUAAAGUAACACAAGAAGCUGGAGAAAUUAUGAUAACAUUUCCUUUUGGCUAUCAUGCUGGUUUCAAUCAUGGUUUUAAUGGCGCAGAGUCAACUAAUUUCGGUUCUAAGCGUUGGAUUGAGUAUGGUAAGCGUGCCAGCAUUUGUAAUUGUCGGAAGGAUAUGGUGAAAAUAUCAAUGGAAACAUUUGUGCAGCGAUUCCAGCCAGAACGUUAUGAAAACUGGCUAAAAGGUAUCGACUAUGGUUGUCAUCCAGAAGAACCUGGAAAAAUUUGCGCUGCACCACCACCCACAAUCAACAAAUAUUACUAUUCUAAGAGAAGACAGUCUGAAUCAAUGGAGUCGGUAGCAUCACAAAGCUCAACGUCAAAAGCUAAGGAUUCCAAGCAAAAGCGUGGUUGCACCUCACUUGCUGUGCCAGAAGACCCCACCACCAAUGCGUGUUUUGCCAAAGUGCCGAAAAUUAUAUUAACGAAAAUAGAUAGUGCUAGCAGCAAAAAUCUAGAUUUUAAUGCCAUAGCAGUGGUGCGCCUUAAAAAACUUUGGAAUAACAUACCAUGUGAAAAGGAAGGUAAGAAUCUGCUCACAAACGGCAUAAUCAAAAAUACCAAAAGGAUGCGUUUUCAAACGAAAACUAUAAAGCUGGAUGAUGAGGACUAGUCUCAAGUUAGAUUUUUAUUUUAUUUAACAUUACUUUGAUUAUUUAUUUUUUAUAUCUAUAUGCAUAAGGAAUGAUUUGCUAUGCCAUUAGAUAUUAAAUAUGUCAGCAGUUCUAACAAACGAUGAAAAAUGCUGUAAAUGCUACAAAAGCCUUUACAUUAAACGAGCUUUUUUAUAUAAUAUUAAUAUAUUUUGUGUUUGUAUGUAGGGUUAUAUUAAACUGCUGACAUUUAUCCAUAAUGGUUAGUGAUUUGUAGCACUAAAAUUAACACUAAUUAAUUUUACGUUUGUAUGUAAUUGCCAAUUUCGUUUUAUUUUAUGAGAUUUGUUAAACAAAUCUGCAAUUGCGGGAAAAAUAUUAUUUUUUUCUAAAAGGAUGUUCACAUAGUCUAGUCUUGGCAUUACUUUUCGCUGUCAUCGUUGGCCAUACAAAAUUUUCCAUUUUGAGCAAUAUUUUAUAUUUUCUAAUGUUAAAUAACAUACACUUUUUUGAUUUUUUGGACUCUGUGAAUUUUCUACGAGUUAUUAUUUAAAAGUUGUAUUUAGAUUUAAUAAAAAUAUAUAUGUUUUAACAAAUGUAUAUUUAAAUUUAGGUCUUUCGAGCAGGAAUCACAUGAUGUGACAGAACAAAAAAAGAACAAACAGUUCCAGAUGUGAACAUUAGUAUUAUGUACAUACAGUGCGUCGAAAUGUGUGUGUAUAUAACGACUAUGUUUAAAAUUUAUGUAAUUAUGUUACUUAAUUCUUGUGACCAUUUUUGUAUUUAAUGAAAGUCAAAACAAAUUAUAUUUCUCAUCAUUAAAAAUUCUUACCUAGUUUAGAACGACUAUUUGGUCGAACAAAAUUAUUUAAGGGUCCUUCUCAAAUCACUAAUUGAUUGAGUAAAACAUACAAAACACCAAUUGACAAUUUUUCCUUUAUAAUUUUUGUUAUGGGCCUAUGUUGAAGUAAAAAGAAUGUGAAAUUGUAUCAUAACCAUAUGUUUGGUUUAUUUAGYUAUUAAGAAUAGUACACAUAAGUAUGGACUGAAUUGAUGGUCUUCCAAGGCUACRCAUAGAGUCCUACCCGAUAAAGAAAUUCAAGGUGUUCGGUUACUUGAGACAGUUUUUGUGUGAACGGCCCGCCAUGGAUUAUGGUUUCUAAAUCUCUGGUUUUUUUGCCACUAAAAAAAUUGCAAGAGAUUUGCUCAAACGAACAGUGUCGUAUCCUCAUAUUCAGUUUAAAUAUUUUUAUAUAUAAAUUUUUCAUACAAAAAAAGACAUUAGGUUGUGUAUUUCUAAUAAAUUAAUACUCACAACUAAACUUAUGUUUGGUUCGAGAAGAAUACAUAUGUAUUAUAUAAUAUAAAGUAAUAAAAGUUGUAAAAUAAAAAACAAAAAAAAUAAA